ACCUGUGACCUUGUAGAUGCCCGUCCUGCCUUGGCAAGGCUAAACUACUAAACUUGGCCUAAUAAAUAGUCAGUCGAGUCAACCAGUUUUGCUUUGGCGGAGUAGAGAGCUUGAUUACAUCUUCUCUUACGCGAAGGCUGUGCAAUAAAUUGCAUCGCAAUUAUUUAUUAUUGUACCCAGAAGAUAAAAAGGCCAAAUACUGAUUCUUUCUGCUGUUCUUCUUUUGUGGAUCAGGGGUAAUACGAAAACGGCAUAAUGUUUCGUCUCAGAGCACCAACAACGAUGCUGUGUAAGAGCAAGGUUGUGGAGAAAGCUUUGAGUCGUGGCAAGGUCUUGACUAUUGACAACAUGAACCCUCAUGUGAAAAAUAUUGAAUACGCAGUAAGGGGACCGAUUGUCAUUAGAGCCGGAGAGAUUGAAAAAGAACUCAAUGCGGGCGAAAAGAAAAAUUUUACCGAUGUCAUCAGAGCAAAUAUUGGAGACUGCCAUGCCACUGGACAAGAGCCACUCACAUUCUUAAGACAGGUAGUUGGGAUUUGUGCCUACCCCAAGCUGUUUGAGGACCCCAGUCUCCCUGAAGAUGCCAAACAGAGAGCUGACAGGAUUCUGAACUCUUGUGGGGGAAGGAGCCUGGGCUCUUACAGUGACAGUGCUGGCCUGACUGUGGUAAGAGAAGACAUAGCACAGUACAUCACAGAGAGAGAUGGGAUCCCAGCAGACCCUGCCAACAUCUUCCUGUCUACUGGAGCCAGUGAAGCUAUCAGGAAUGUCAUGAAGCUUUUGAUGACAACUCUUGAAGGCAAUGAUAAAUCAGGAGUGAUGAUUCCCAUUCCACAAUACCCUCUGUACACAGCCACCAUUGCUGAAUAUAAUGCAGAGCCUAUCGGUUACCUUUUAGAUGAGUCAAAUAACUGGUCUCUGAGUCUGGACGAGCUGGAGCGGUCUCUGCAAGAAGCUAAACCUCAUUGCAAACCCAAAGCCAUUUGCAUCAUCAACCCAGGCAAUCCUACUGGACAAGUUCUGACAAGGCAGAACAUUGAGGACAUUAUUCGGUUUGCUCAUAAAGAAAACCUGUUCAUCAUGGCUGAUGAGGUUUAUCAGCACAACGUGUAUGCAGAAGGAUCUCAGUUCCAUUCUUUCAAGAAGGUUUUGACAGAAAUGGGUCCACCAUACAGUGAAAUGGAACUAGCCUCUUUUAUGUCGACUUCUAAAGGAUAUAUGGGAGAAUGUGGCUUCCGUGGUGGUUAUGUAGAGCUGAUCAACAUCGACCCCCAGGUGAAAGCCAUGUUCACCAAGGCCAUCUCAGCCAAGCUCUGCUCUGCUGUCACUGGUCAGGCUGCCAUGGAUGUGGUUGUGAACCCACCAAGAGAAGGAGAACCAUCUUAUGAGCUUUUCAAAACUCAAAAAGACACAGUGCUCAGUCAGCUGGCUGAGAAGGGACGUAUGGUUACGAGUACGUUCAACUCUAUCGAGGGCAUGAGCUGCAAUGCUGUGCAAGGAGCUAUGUACGCCUUCCCAAACAUUGAUAUUCCCAAGAAGGCUCAGGAAGCGGCAAAGGCUAAAGGCAUGGCUCCGGAUUUCUUUUAUUGCUACAACCUUCUGGAAAGCACUGGGAUGUGUGUGGUCCCCGGAAGUGGCUUCGGACAGAAGGAGGGCACGUUUCACUUCAGGACAACUAUCCUGCCCCCUGUUCAAAAACUGGGUGAAAUGCUAGGACGAUUCAGAGACUUCCAUGUGAAGUUCAUGGAGCAGUAUUCCUAAAUAGAGGAGAUGGAUACAUCGAUCUCAAGUUGUUUUGUUAUUGUUGCCCUGCUUACCAUGUGUGAGAAAGAAAAGUAUUGCUUUCGACAUUGCUUUUGUCUCUGAGCGAAAUUGCUCAAAUUUGUUUAAUGUGAUGACAAGGUUCUAUUCUCUGAGCUAGCAUUUAAAUUUCUCUCUACAGGAUCAUUUGUUUGUUUAAGAGUGGUCAACAUAUAUUCAGUACUACUACUUACAGCCAGGUGGCAGCCAGUUAUGGAUUAUGCUGUUAUUUUUUUUAGCCAUAAAUACUCAUUUCUCUUUUGAAGACCAGGAUAUGAUUCGACACUUUCUUUUGCUUUCAUCUCAUGUCUUUUUCUGAUUCUUGAUUAUGGUCCCUUCUUCAUCCUUUGUUGUGGAGUAUUCUGUGUCUAGUCUGUAUUUAGGUAUUAAAAAAUUGUUGAAAUUUUGUUACAAUGAUAAAUUAUAAUGGGUUGUUUUUUGGGGUGUUUUUUUUUUUACAUAAUUAAAUAAUUCUAUCAUAAAGGUUAUAUGAGAAUGUUUUUAGUGUAAGGAAGAGCAAGUGUGCAAACUAUGUUGAUGAUUUCUCUGUACCUGUUUGGUUAUGUGUACUGCCUUUGUGGAAGCUGAAAUAUGUUAUCUUUCUUGGGAAAUGGAAUUACAAAUGUGUCGAUACAUGUACAGUUAAUGGGUAGACUCGUGGAAGACAAAUUAGUCUCACUAACACCCCGCUUAAAAAGACAAACAAAAAAAAACAUGUUGUUGUUAUGAGUAAUUAAUGGAUUAAUGUAAAUUCAGAUGAUUGUUAUAUGUUGAAAACUUUUGCAGAUGAAAAGUAGAAAUUCAAAGAUGCUUAACAGCCAUAUAUUGUACUGCUACUAUGGUAUGUUUUGUGUGGGCAUACUAAAAAUUGUACUCAUGCUCUGUUGGAAUCUCAUUGCUUCAGGAAUUGAAGUUGAGUGAUUGGUGCUUAUUUUGUUAUGAGAAAGAAAGUUUGUGAUAGUUAUGGCACCUUUAAGGUCUGCAUUGUAGUAAGUAGCCUACAAUUUUGCAUUCGCUUGUAACAGUUUUAUGUUAAAGGAGCUGACAAUAUUCACUCAGUGUGAUAGGUUUCUAAUUUUUUGUUGCAGAAUAAUUUUUGUUUGGCUGUCGAAUAUCCGAGGAUAGCUGUUCUGUUGUGAAACGGCAGUGGCAUUAUUUAAUACCAAUUUUUUCUCUAUAGGUAUUUGUUCAUUAAACUUUACUCACAUAUUAUCAUGUUAUUGUUUAUUGUGUCAGUCUCAUCUCUUAAGAUCUGAUGACACUUCAGCAAGGGCGAUGUGCUGAGAAAGACUGGUAUCUGUUGAAUUGAGUACUCUUUUUAAAGGGACAAAUGAUAACUAAUUAGGGAUUUUUGUUGGACUCAGUGGCUAAUUGCUUAGCACAUGUGACUCUUCUGAUGAAGCUGUACAUGAUGUUUUCAGAAUAAGCCUUUAUGAUCAGCCUCUAUAAUUAUGAAAACAUGUCACGUUGAUGUGUAAAAAUGGGGUGUCCUAAAAAAAUUGUACUCUUUGAUUAUUAUUUCUUUAUACCCUUUUACAAUUCUGACUUAUAAGAUGCAUUAUGUCUAUAAUAGUUGGGCUUUUUUUUAUCUGCCAUUUUGCAUUUUUUUCAAGCUGUUAUAAACCAUUUUAUCUUGAACUGGACGGAACAAAUUUUCAAACAUAUACUGGUACUGUUUUUCUGCCUGACACAAUGUGCUGAAUGUUUCUUCUGGGUUUUUUUAGUUCAACUUUAUGGGUUUUGGGUGACCUGAAGUGUGUAAAGAGAGAUAUCGUUUUAGGUGUUUCUCAACUUAGAUCAGACGCAUGUGAAUUUUUAUUUUUUUUUACGUUUCCCCAAUGUGUUAAAGAAACUUGUUUUUCAUGUCACUUGUUUGUUUAUGUGUCACUGCUGCCCUCUGUUAACUUUUAUUUUACACCAACGUCAUCUUUUUAUUUCGAACAGGUUUUUCUUAGCCUAAAUGUUGCAAAGUAUAUAAGGGCAUGGAUGAGAAUUUAUCCGGGACCUCCUCUUUCUCUAAUGCACUUGCCAUCUCUUUAAUAAACAUUAAAACAUUUUUUAAACUUAUAUUUCAACUUUCUGGGUUUUUACCGAAAUCUCUUUGCCAUUACUAAACCCAUUAUAUUUGGUAUGUCUCCUUUCAUAUUAUAAAAAAUUAUUUUGUUUCCUCCUUAUCUGAUGAUUUUGAGACCUCUGUUUGAAAAGGAGAGCUCUAUUGGUUUUUAUAAACUAGAGUUUCAUCACCUUAUUCAAAGUUCCUAUUGUACUAUAUUAUGUUACUUAAUUAACAGCUCAUGUCUGAAUCUAUUUGCUGGUGAAAAAAUCCCAAACUUUUGGACAUCUGAUCGUUAUACAUCAUUUUUCAAAUGUGUAUGAUGGGCGUGUUGUAUCAAAAAUGAAAGAUAGUAGAUAGUAUUUUAUGUUCCAUCAUGUUACAUCAAUUGUUUUUGUAAACUUUGUAUGACUGCUAUAUAAAAACGCAGGAUUGCUUUGGUGUUUUGGAUUAUUUGUGAAACGGAGAACCUAAGACAGGCUUUUUAUUCUGUUUAUCAUUAGCUACUGCUGCUUUUUAACUGGUUUUGUAAUUUAUUUUAUCUUUGCAACUGGUGACUAGUGACUAUUCAUUUAAAAUUUGCAAUUAUAGCCUAUAUGCAGUAUUCCUUGGUUGAAUAAACAAAACGAAAUAUGUAUGAGCAAUAUUCAUUCCAUAAA